CCGAGAUAUUCCUUGUAAAAGUGUUAGUUGAUAUUUCACCACAAUGCGUAGAAGACAAUGUUCUGUAUUUUAUUUGAUGUUAAACUGAAUUGAAUACUAGAGAUACCAUUCAACAGUUCAAACAAAAAUGGCAACGUCUUUACUUUCAACCCUGGGGAGCAGUGUGGUAAAUCAAACUGACAGACACACACCUUCCCUUGCAGACAGACAUCAGAGAUCGCCUGACAGACAAUUAGGACAGCUAGGACAGCGGGGGGAGGAUUCAGGAAGAAGUUCUCCGGGUUUAAGGAAAUCUCCCUCCUCCUCUUCUACUUCUUCUCAGGAUAUGUCUCGUAGAAAGCAGAGGAACCCGAAGUCACUGGUCGCCCCUGCCCAGCCUGACUUAGUUAAACAGGAACCUCAGGAUACAGACGACAUGGAUGACGAGCCCCGCGACGUCAGCAACCUCGUCAAGGUGGAGCUCGAGCCCAGUGAUGACGAGCACAAUACAUCCAGCGAAUCCUUGACCGGUCAAACCAGUCCCCGGGUUCCUAGUGUUGAGGACGUCAUGAGGAAAUGGAAUAUGUUCCAGUUCGGUGAAGUAACUGUUCCAAAUCAUCCAACAGUUCCUGUAGUUCCCAUGGCCCUGCAGAUGGUUUAUCUGUAUCCUAUGGGCCGAGGAGAAUGUGGUGAGGUGAAGUACAAGAUGCUUGUUCCUAUGAAUGCUGCCUCCUCCCCGCCCCUUUUCCCCUCCCAUAGCCCACCCCUCAUGCAUUUAAAUCUUCCCUCAAUUCAACCACGCUCUCCGGUUCAGGGUUCUUUAAAACGAACAGAAGACGACAUUAAACAGUCUCCUCCUCUUGACCUAACAAACAAAUCCCCCGAACAUCCCGGUGUACAGAAUAAAGAAGACGACAUAUCAAAGAAAUCGUUUGGAAUCGAAUCUCACUUUAACCUGCUCAAAAUGAAGGAGCUUGAACUGCUGAAGAGCCCGCCGGUGAAUCGGUGUAAUGAGUGUAAUAUAAACUUCAGCAAAUAUCAGAAUUAUCUGGCACACAAGAAGUACUAUUGCUCUGGGGUUAAGCAACAGCAGGCUCAGGAGCAGGAGGAACAGGAGACCAAACCUCAGAUCCCGAAGUGUAAAAGUCCUCGAAGUAGCAGUACCAGCCCUUCAGAGCAGCAGGGGUCUGGUAGGGAGCAGCAGCAGCUUUUGAAUAAGGAGCUUCUCGCCAGGGAGCUUCUCAUGAAGCAACAAGAAGCUCUGCUAGCUGGGAUGAAAAGCCCUCAGCUUCCUCUGCUUAUGCAAAAUUCAAGAAUGCCGAACCCUCUACAGUCGACAUCACAUUUUGGUUGUGAAGGCUGCGGGAUAAGCUUCAAAUCUAUCAGUAAUUUACAGGCUCAUCAGUCAAGAUAUUGCGCCGGGAUCAAGAAAUCUGAAGAAAUGAAAUUUCUUGAUGCUCUCAUGAAGAGUGGUCAGCUUGCUAGCGGGGCAGCGUCCGGCGGGGCAUUAGUCGCUCCCGCCGGUCCUGUCAGCCCGUCGGCGGUCCCAGGAAACUCGGUGGGUGCUCAAACCGCCUUGUCGGAAAUGCUUGCCCUUCUUUCCGCCAGAAAGCGGGAUCUUGAUCUAGAAAAAGACCGCAAGGCGGAGAGACCAGCGGCAGACAAAUCUGGGGCGGAGGGCGGAGAGUCAGAUGAGGUUUUCUGCAAGAUUUGUGGACUUAAGGAGUCAAGAGAGAAACUUAUUGACCAUGUUUACGUGCAUUUAAUAGGUCAAGUAAAGAAGCGAAAAAUCGACGAAGAUAUUGCCGCCGAAAAUGAAAUAGAGCCGGAGAAAAAAAUCAAAAUGGAACCCGAGCAGGAACCGAAGACGAUUGAGCCGGAAAAAGAAAAGAAAGACGCUAUAAAAUGUGAGAAUUGCGGCAUCGUGUUUUCCAAAAUGGCGGCGUAUUCGGCCCACGCUGAAUUUUAUUGUCAGAAAAGAUUGAAGAAAGAAUAGAAAUCUUAAAUGUUAUAAUUGUCAUUUUAAAUCCUAGGUGUAAUAAACGUUAUAAUUCAA